GUAGUGGAGGAGCUUCUGUCAAAAAGUGGAGCCAUUGGUCGGGAAGCUGCCAAGGCGAUAGCGGAUGCUGCCAUGUUGGAAGUAGCGAGCACAAAUGUUCCCCACAUGGCCCCAGAUGAUUUCUACGAAGGAAUUACAUUUGAGCAUUUUGAACAGAUUUUGAAAGGCCUUGAAAUGGAGACCAGAAUGCACAUUCGCUUUUUGGAUGUAGACACCACAACAAUAGGCUGUGGAAAAUCAACCUCUUAAAAUUGUUGGUUUAUGUUACUGCUGUUUUUAGCAGAGCCUCUUCAAUCCUUAAAAGGAGUGAAGCCAAAAAACUUGAUGUGCACUAAUAUUUUUUUGGAUGGAGUGAAACUAGUAAUUUUUUAAAUUAUUUAAAAUGACUGACAAGAUGGUGAAAGUAUUCAGUCAAAUGACGUUAAUUUCUAUGGUUCACUUUUAAGCCUAAAGAAUUUACUUUCAGAAUGCUGGUGAUUCAAAUGAAAAGCAUUGUGAUCCUGUAAGUUCAAAGUGUCCCAUAUUUCACAGAAAUUUGUUUCCCAUCUUUCGUCACACUCCUACUAAUUUUAUCAGGUUUCACACUAACCAACUACCUCUCCUAUUCUACAAAUCUUUAUAUAACCAGCAUGUAAUGUGAACGACUCUGUACUUUAGUCAAAAGGUUCACAUGUUAGAUGAAGUUAGUCUUGCUCUGUGGUUGCUCUAGCAUUCAGUUAUGGCUAAUAUCCAAAAAUUGAGAGUGCGGGCGCAUACUAUUCCUCUGCAGCUUCAGAGUAGUUACAGUGUAACCAACUACUGCUGUUCUGCCUUGAAAAUUUACUAUUUUUGACUGCUAGUAAGUAAAUCUAACACUUUCCUUGAGAUGAAUUAUUACAGACUUUUUAUGAAAUAUUAAUAAUGAAUAAAAUAAAUUAAAGACAUUAUGAUCAAACAAAUGUAUUUGUACAUUUUUGUAGAAACUCUCAUACAAAGAAGAAUCUUAUUUUGUUGCACAGCAGCAAAAAAUCAAAUCCAGAAGGUCAAACAUAAAUUUAAAAAUCAUUCAUUUUACAGUGAUUGUUUACAGGGUGGUGGUCCUGUGCAGCAUCUCGGCAGCAUCAACGUGAUAAAUUACAAACACCAAAAACUAAAUAUAAUAUACACUGAAAUUUUACAUUCCAAGAAGCUUGAUUUGACUAGGAUGAU